AUGGACGCAACCACGCACACCCGCACACGGCACACGCACACGCAUCACGCACACCCGUCUCAGCAACGCACACUCCAGCCACACCACACGCACACGCACAGCGCACAACGCAACCACGCACGACAGCACACGCACACGCACGAACGCACACGCACAACGCACAACGCAACACGCACUACGCACACGCAACACGCAACACGCACGACGCACACGCCACCACGCACACCGCACACGCCAACACGCACACGCACACUGCACACGCACACCACACCCCACACGCACACCCACACGCACACCCAGAGCCCCAUCUCGCACUAUCCCACACGCACACCCACACGCACACGCACACCCACAACCGCACGACGCUCACGCACACGUCACACGCACAGUCGCACACGCACACGCACACGCACACGCACACGCACACGCAACGAGCGCACAGAUCGGCACACUGCACAACACGCAACACUCUCGUACGUCCUCGCACAACUUGCCCAUACACGUCACACGCACAACACGCACUCACACGCACACGCACCACGCACCACGCAACACGGCACACGACAACGCGCAACACGCACACGCACACUACGCACACGCCCGCACACUACACACCACAACCCGCACACGCGCACACGCAACACGCACACGCACAGCGCACAUCCGCACACACGGCACACGCACACGCUUGCACAACCAACACCGCACAUGCGGCAUGCCAACACGCACACCACAAGCACACGCACACGGCCACACGCACACGGCACAAAGACGCACACGACGCACACGCACACCGGCAAACUCACGACGCCACACGCACACCGCACACGCACACCGCACAAACGCACGACGCACAACGCACACACGCACAAACGCAACAACGCCACAGACGCGAGACCACCUAAAGCGUCCAUCGCGUCCGCCACGACGCACACGCCAACACGCAGCGAACACACACGCCACCCGCACACGCACACGCCCACGAGCGCAAAGACACGCACACGCACCAACGCAGCAGACGCACAACGCACACGCACCAGCACGCACAGUGCCGCACGACAACGUCAUCAACGCACACGACACUCACACGCAACACGCACACGACAUACUACCGCACUAGAGCCGCACACCGAUCACCACGCAAACACUGCCACACUGCACACGCACACGCACACGCACACCGCAACACCCGCACCCCACAUAGCCACGCACACGCACACCACACGCACACAGCACAACAGCACACGCACUCGCCCACGCACACGCACUACGCACACGCAAAACACAGCACAACUGCAACACGCCACAACGCACGACUCACCACGCACAACGCACACGCACACCGCACUCGCACACGCACACGCACACGCACACGCCACACGCACACGCACCACGCAACGAACGCACACCGCAACAGCGCCACACGCACCAACUCAAACAACCCGCACAGCGCACACCACACGCACCAACGCUGCGCGCCUGGGCCGCAACACGCACAUUCGCAAAGCUCUCACGCACACGCACCACGGCACACGCACACCCUUCAAACGCACACGCAAGCACGCACACCACAACCAGCGCACACCACAAUCGCACAAACGCACGACCGCCAAACACGCACACGCACACGCACUCGCCACACGCACAACGUGCCCCCCCCACGCACACGCACAACGCACACUCACUACGCAACACGCACGACGCCACACGGACCCCACACCUCACACGCAACGACGCACAAACAACGCCAUCACGCACACGCCCACACCGCAGCACGCACACGCACGACCACUACGCACACGCAUCGGACGCAACACGCAACACGCACAAAGCACACGCACACGCACACGCACACGCACACGCACACGCACACGUGGUCAACACGCCACACGCACACGCACACGCUUACAACGCACACGCACAACGCACACGCACACCGCACACUGCACAGGUCCCACACGCACACGCACACCGCACUACGCACACGCCACUACACGCACUAACUGCACAAGGCUCACACGUCCACACGCACACGGCACACCCCCCAAAUACGCACAGCGCACACAAGCACACCGCACCACGGCAACACGCACACGCACCCACGCACACGGCACACGACUGCACACGCACACGCACUACGCCAACACGCAACACCGGCACACGCACACGCAACACGCACUCGCAACUACGCACACGCCAACACGCACAACGGCAACACGCACACGCACACGCCAACUACGCACACGCACACGCACACUCAACCACGGAUGGGCCACACGCACACGCAAACACGCACAACACGCUACACCACUACGCACACACGCAACUAACGCCACACGCACACGCAACAUCGCCGCAUCUGACGGCUACAACCGCACGACUCACUACACAGCAGACGCACACCGCACACUCGCACAAAACGCACACGCACACGCACCACGCCACGACACACACGCACACGCACACGCACAACGCACAAACGCCGCACACGCCCACGCACACGCACACGACACACGCACUACGCAGUCAACACGCACACGCACACGCACACGCACUACUGCACUACGCACACAGCACAUAACGCACUAUUACGCACCCGCACACGCACACGCACACGACACACGCACACGCUCAACGCACACCGCACAACGCACGGCCACAGCGCACACGCAACACGCACGCAUCCAUAACGGCACACGCACACGAGCGUAUGCUUUAAGGCCGGUAUCGACAGUGCGAGGCUGCUCGCUGCAAAUGCCUCGUGCCAUCUGCCUCAGGUGUGGAGAUUUGUUGGUUUGCAGUGCAGAAUUGUGUCUUGUAUGGUGCGAGGCAGACAGCGCAGGUAUCCACUUGACGCACAGCUCGGAGCGAGGCACCUUUGAGCACUGCUCUAAAACCGACAAGCACACGGCUCGCCUCACAUUGUGCGACGGGAACGCCUCAUAG